AUGGAAGCUCGCAGCGAUGGUGGAAGCGGGGGCGGUAUUGGGUUUGCUGGUUCCAGCAGCAGCAGUCGCUUCAUCUCACAGAUCUUUUGGCCAGAACAUUGCCUCAAUCUCGGCGGCAGGAGGGGGUACCUGAUCGGCUGGAACACCGCAGCGUUCAAGUGCCUGGUGGUGACUCUAGUGACCGUAGACGCGGAGACGGGUCUCCCUACCCUCGACCAGACCGAGCGCGCUCUGGAAUUACUGUCUGCGGACCCCCGCUGCCGUACCCUGAACGACUUCUGCUCCAGCGACGGGGCCCCGCCUACCGUCCUGGGAGAGUGGCUACCCAAUGGGCACUCCCGUCCUCAACAAGGAGGGGGCGGCGGCGGGACCAGCGGGAGCGGUGCGGGUUAUGACUCCUACCACGACGAUGGUGCCGGCAGCGCGGCGGCUGCGGCGGCGGCACGAAGGCAGAGCGCCAACAUCUGGCUCACCGUGGGGCAGAGCAGGGGCCGUCCGGUGCUGCGUUCGCUCUACUGCUGCGGUUGCGCCUACAGGACCUGCUGCUACGUGGUGCUGUACCGGCCGUGCAACCCCGACGUGCUGGAGUAUCUCCCGACGGUCAAGAAAAACGCCUCCUCGGGAGACGAGGAUGGCGACGGCGGCGACGGCGACGAAGAUGACAACGCGAGUGUUGCCGCCGCAGACAACAACAACAACGCGCAUGGGGAGAACGGCAGCCCUUUGUCUCGAGCCGCUGAUGAUGCUGCGGAGCCCCCCCUCUCUUCGGCGUCGCCCACGGCGGGUGCGAGCGGCGCUCGUGACGAAGAUGGCCACGGAGUGGCGGCCGGGGUUGGUGGGGGGGACCGUGAGGUUAACGUCGGCGUGAACAGGUAG